AUGGGCAGGUUCAUCUCCAACGCUAAGACCAAACCCCUAACCCUACUCAUCCACCGCCACCGAUCUUCCCAACCGAUCAAAUCCAACUGGGUCGAGAUCGACGGUCUCAAGUUCUUUGAGGAGCACGCCCACGGCGUUAUGGUCAAGAAGUCCACACCCGAUUGGCUCCCCUUCCGCCCCGGUUCCUCCUUCUGGGUCCCACCUCCUUCCUCCUCUUUCCCCAACAAAUUCUCCAUCUUCCUUCAAUCUCAAUCCCCUCCUGCUUCCGAGGUCACUCUGCAACUCAAGGUUCUCACUCCCUCUCAAAACGUCACUCUCUCUGAAGAUGACGAAGGUUGA